GGCACUCGCCUCACAAGGCACUCACAAGACGACUUCGCCUUUGCUUUCGCCUUUGAAAACAUUGAUAACAAGUAACAAGUCAUUAUUUAAUUUGAUAGUCAUGAGUAAUAAUUUGCGGACUGUAAUCCUUGUGGUUGUGCCAAUCACUGUGUCUCUGGUACUAACUGUAUGCAUCUGCAUUUAUUUAAGAGCGAGGAAGACAGAGAAAAAACUUGAUCAAAGCAAGCUUCCAGGCGCCGAAGAUGCAGAUGAAAGUAGAAGUGCAGAAUCCUUGCAAUUUGACUUUGGCACCAUCAGAGUUGUUACAGAUGAUUUUUCUGAACCAUAUAAACUCGGACAGGGCGGUUUUGGUUCUGUAUACAGGGGUAAGCUUCCCAAUGGAGAAGAGAUAGCAGUGAAAAGGCUCUCUAUGGAAUCUGGACAAGGAGAAUUAGAAUUCAAAAAUGAGGCCUUACUACUGGCUAGGCUUCAACACAGAAAUUUAGUUAGACUUCACGGUUUCUGCUUGGAAGGAAAUGAAAGGCUUCUUGUCUAUGAGUAUCUCCCCAACGCAAGUCUUGAUAACAUCAUUUUUGAUCCAAUCAAGCGCGAACAACUGGAUUGGGAUAAACGUUAUAAAAUCAUAGAAGGCAUUGCUCGAGGGCUACUUUACCUUCAUGUUGAUUCUCACCUGAGGAUUAUUCAUCGUGAUCACAAAGCUAGUAACAUCUUAAUAGAUGCAGAAAUGAACCCCAAAAUUUCAGAUUUUGGCAUGGCAAGGUUGUUUGUGCAUGAUGAAACACAAGGCAAUACUAAUCGUAUUGUGGGAACCUACGGAUAUAAGCCUCCCGAAUAUGUGAAGCAUGGACAUUUUUCUGUUAAGUCUGAUGUCUAUAGUUUUGGCGUGUUGAUUUUGGAGAUAAUAAGUGGACAGAAAAAUAGUUGCUUCGAUCAUGGAGAGAAUAUGGACUCUUCCAAGCUAUGCAUGGAAAAGCUGGAGGGAAGGGAAACCUUCAAAUGUGAUAGAUCCCAGAUUGAAGAAAGGUUCAAGGGCUGAAAUAAUGAGAUGCAUACACAUUGGACUGUUAUGUGUGCAAGAAAGUCUAGCUGAUAGACCAACCAUGGCUUUAGUUAUCCUCAUGUUCAAUAGCUACUCUCUCAGUCUCCCAGUACCCUCAAAACCAGCAUU